GUAUUAAUCCGCGCGUGAUCCUGCAUAAUCGAAAAACUUACCUAGAUAUAAUUGAGUAGCAUUGUGUAAGAAGUUUUUGCAUUACCGAACAUUCAUCAAUUAUGUGCUCAUAACUUUAUUAUUAUCGAAGAAAAAUUAUUUCCUGUGUGAUUAUUGAAGCGUUGUUUUUCUACUGUGUUAUCGAUGUGUAUCGAACUACUUUUUAUAGAGUAGGUGUGUGUGUAUGGGUACAGCGGUUAAGGCCUCUGAGAGAAAAUGAAAUGUAAAAUGGCAAUGUUACGCUAUGGGCCAGAAAAAUAAAUGUUUUGUGUGGUCCGUGAGUGAAUAAUCGUUGAUUUAUCGAUAAUAAUGGAGGGACAAAGGUCGAGGAACGAGUCAGUUAUUGCUCCAGAGUUGUAUUUCCUAAUCGCCAAGUUUCUUGAUUCUGGACCGUGCCAGGAAUCUGCCAAACUACUGAAACGUGAAUUAGAACGAACUAAGAUUUUACCGCAAAGAAUCGACUGGGAAGGAAAUUCACAUAGUCAAACAUUCGAGGAAUUGGGACGUCAAUAUUCGCAUAUAGGUCCGCAACAUUUACUUCAAAUAUGUGCUCGUAUCGGUCCAGUACUCGAAAAAGAAGUGCCUCCAUGUAUACCAGGAGCUAUAUCCCUGCUUGGAGCAGGUCGUCAGUCCUUGCUCAGAACAAGAGAAGAUCUUGCGCGCCAAGUAUUUGGGAUUUUGGCUUAUUCCAUAAGACGAGGAGGCCAACCAAUUAUAGAUACACCUGGACUUACAAGAUGUUACAAUAUUGUUCGUGUACUACAAGGAAGAGAAAAUUCAGGUCCACUAAUUAGGCGUCAAGCAUUGCCUACUAGAUUUUAUAGCAAAAUGCAGCUGUACAGACAUACACUCGGACAUUUAUCGGCAGUAUAUUGUGUACUCUAUGAUCGUACUGGCAAGUAUAUUAUGACUGGAGCUGACGACUUGCUUGUUAAAGUAUGGAGCGCAAUAGAUGGUCGGCUUCUCGCAACUUUUAGAGGUGCUUCUUCGGAAAUAAUGGACAUUGCUGUUAAUUUUAACAAUACCCUUCUGGCUGCUGGGAGCUUGGACCGAAUCUUGAGAGUUUGGUGCUUUCAGACAAUGUCUCCAGUUGCUGUGUUGUCAGGACAUUCCGGUAUGAUAACAUCCGUUAAUUUCUGUCCCAUAUUAUGUAACGGCGUGAAUUAUCUUGUAUCUACAAGUACUGAUGGUUCGGUGGCCUUUUGGCCUCAUACUAAAAACGGCAAUGAACGAGCUGUGUUUCAAUCAAAACCUAUUCAGUAUCAUGAAAAAAUGAGGCCUGGUCAAGCACAGAUGAUAUGUGCGUCAUUUAGUCCUGGUGGAGCCUUCAUGGCAGCAGGAUCUGCAGAUCAUAAUGUGCGUGUAUAUGCUAUGCUGGGGGAUGAAGGUCCACGCAGAGUACUUGAAGUAGAGGCACACACGGAUACAGUCGAUAGUAUUCAAUGGGCUCAUUACGGUCUUAGAUUUAUAUCGGGAUCAAAAGACGGCACAGCUAAUGUUUGGCACUUUGAGCAACAACAAUGGGUCAACCGACGGCUUCUUAUGACAACCAAACUACCUGGAGAACCAGAGGUAGAUGACGAUACAAACAAGAAAGCUAAAGUAACAAUGGUCAGUUGGGACGUCACCGAUGAGUGGGUGAUUACGGCAGUGAAUGACAGUUCGCUAAAAGUAUGGGAUUCAAAGACUGGAGAGCUUAGGCAAGUCUUGAAAGGUCAUCGUGAUGAAGUGUUUGUAUUGGAAUCUCAUCCAUUGGAUCCAAGAGUGUUAUUAAGCGCUGGUCACGACGGACAGUUAAUUAUAUGGGACAUCUUGAGCACUGAGCCUGUGGCUACUUUCCAAAAUUUCAUUGAAGGUCAAGGUCAUGGAGCAGUUUUUGAUGCAAAAUGGGCACCUGAUGGAACGAUGCUUGCAGCCACAGACUCUCAUGGUCACCUCCUUCUUUACGGGUUUGGCUCAGGCGUUGAGAAACGAAAGAUUGUUCCAAAAGAAUUAUUUUUCCAUACGGAUUAUCGCCCACUUAUCAGAGAUUCGAAUCAUUAUGUUUUGGACGAACAAACUCAAACAGCACCUCAUUUAAUGCCGCCACCAUUCCUCGUUGACGUUGAUGGUAAUCCCUAUCCCCCGGCAUUACAGCGACUAGUCCCGGGUAGGGAAAAUUGUAGAGGAGAACAAUUAGUUCCCAACAUAGCAGUUGGUGCUGGAGGCAUGCAGGAAGUUAUCGAAGGUUUACCAGGAUUCGAACCACGAUCGAAUAUUGACAGGCUAAUAGAAGCUCUUGCACAAAGACAAAAUAUUAAUGCUGAGGGAGAAAAUGUAGGGGAAGAUGAAAAUCAAGGUGAACCACCUCUUCGACAUAUGGCUAGUCCACGAGGUAGUAGAUCUGGGUUGCGCCGAGCAGGUGAUGUAGAAGGAGUACGGCAAAGCAGUGGAAACUGGCAGAGAGACAAUACAACACCUUGGAAUAAACCAAUUCUUGCCAAACCAAUCAGUGCUGGUGUUCUCAAUACUCUUACCAAAACACUCAACGCUUCAGCAGAGAUGGAACUUGAGCAUUGGAGACGCGAGAUGAGACGUAGACCAGCAGCAACAAAUCCUACGGAAGGAUUGAGUGGAGUACGUGGUCCUUUGGGUAAUCGUAGAAAAAAUAGGGGUACCCGUCAUGGCUACAGGACAAGAGCUGCCAGAGGAGAAGAUCGAGAAGAUGACGAAUUCGAGCAGAACCCAGACAAUGUAGAUGUCACAGGCAGUUCAGCAAGUAGUAAUAGUAAUGACUCAUCAGCUCACGAAGAAGACAUGUGCUCGGAUACGUCUAGUUCUGAAUCUAGUAGCGAAUAUUCUGAUUGGAUUGCUGAUCAUGGUGUGAAUCUUGAGCCCCCAAAGCGGAGUAAAAGACGACCUGUUAAAAAACGAUCUGUAACCCCGCCGAGUGAGUCUGAUAGAAGACGUAGCCAACGACCUAGAAAGAAGAUAAUACCAGUACCUAAUGUAAUCGGUGAGGUACCCGAAGCAUUCCGACCACCGGAAUGGCUUUCCGCUAUAAUUCCGCGUAAGGCACCCUACUAUCCUCAGAUGGGAGAUGAAAUAGUAUAUUUUCGUCAAGGUCACCAGUUUUAUAUCGAUGCUGUUAGAAAGAAAAAAGUUUACGAGCUUAGUCCACGGUGUGAACCAUGGUCAAAGAUGAAUAUAAGGGCACAGGAGUUUGUGAAAGUAGUCGGUAUAAAAUACGAAAUAAGACCUCCGCGACUAUGCUGCUUAAAGUUGGCAGUGAUGGACGAAGAUGGUCGUCUGACUGGAGAUAACUUUACGAUCAAAUAUCACGAUAUGGCAGAUGUUUUGGACUUUCUUGUACUCCGGCAAACUUUCGAAACCGCCUUAGCGCGCAGUUGGUACGAGGGUGAUCGUUUCCGCUGUAUGAUUGACGAUGGUUGGUGGAUGGGACAAAUCCAAUCUAUGGGACCGCUUGAUGAAAGCUUCCCAGAAUCUUUCUUCAUGUGUUUUCGUGUCAGAUGGGAUAACGGUGAAUUCGAACGUAUGAGCCCUUGGGAUCUUGAGCCCAUCGAUGAAGAAAGACUUCCAGCAGAAAUUGGAGGUGCGGUUCCCGUACUUGCCGAAGAGAUUGAAGCAACGCUUUACCAACCUCAUGCAGAAGAAUGGCCAAUGGGAGAUAGGGAAGCAACCUGUCGUAGGAUCAUUCGAGGUCUUGAUCAAGUAAUGACGCUUGCCAUUGCGGAGCCAUUCGUUGCUCCCGUAGAUUUGGAUAUUUAUCCUGCCUAUGCCUUCGUCGUUGAAUAUCCUAUAGACUUGUCUACGAUCAAAGCACGAUUCGAGAAUCAUUUUUAUCGGCGGAUUACAUCCGCUCAAUUCGAUGUGAGAUACUUAGCGACGAAUGCAGAACAAUUCAAUGAACCUCACAGCCAAAUCGUCAAGCAAGCGAGGAUAGUGACAGAUUUGUGCCUGAGAAUAAUUAAAGACAUGUCGGAAGUUGAUGUCCCAGCUGUUUAUCAUCAGUUAGUUGAUACUUAUCAAUCGUCCGAUUCCGAUGGGGAUACAGUUGACAAAAAUAAACCUUCCACUAGUGGUCAGCAACCUUCGUCUAGUAGAAAUUUACGAUCUCAAGAAACUAUUCAUGACUGGAAAUUAGCCUGUAGGCAAUUACUGGAGAGCCUAUGGCAGUGUGAAGAUUCUAUACCGUUCAGAGAGCCAGUCGAUAGGCUAGAGCAUCCGGAUUAUUAUCAAAUAAUUGACACUCCGAUGGAUUUACGUACUGUUAAAGAAGACCUGCUUGGCGGAAACUAUGAAACCCCUCUAGAAUUUUCCAAAGAUAUGAAGCUGAUAUUCACAAAUAGUAAAAACUAUAAUACCAAUAAACGUUCAAGGACACAGAUUCUGAUAUAUUCAAUGACAGUAAGAUUGUCAGCUAUGUUUGAUGAGCACAUGCGAAGAAUUGUUUACAACUGGAAAUCGGCUAGAAGACGCAAUGAAAUAAAUAAUGCAAACGCCAGAGGAAAGAGAAAGACUGGAACCCGUUUAACAAAUGGAGCUGGCCCUUCAAGGGUACGGCCACCGACUAGUGCUGACGAAGAAGAGGAAGAUGUAAAUGUUGAUAAUAUCGACGAAAGCGAUAAAGAACACACACCAAAAUCUAAUAGAUCAUCUCAGAAUGUAGACGGACCUGGUCCUUCUCGGCUGGCUAAUGGUCACAGUUCUCGUGGUGGCGGUGCAUCACGUCCAAAGAUUAGACUAAGGAUUUCUAGAAAAACUCCAAUGAAAAACAAACGUAACAGUGACAGCGAUCAAAGUGAUACAGAAGCAUCGAUAGAAAGUGAAAGUAGCGAUAGUGCUCCAAUGAGAAAAACUCGGGGGGCAAGAAGGACGGUGGGUAAUAAUGAGGCAAGUGAUAGUGAUUCAGGUGAUAGUUAUAAGCCAGGCGGUCGUGGUAAACAAACUCGAAAAAAUAGAGCGAAGAAUGGCAAGUCUAGUCGGCAGAAUAAACCAAAACCAAAACCAUUCGUAGUAGCGGAUGAUGAAGAAGACGAUGAUGAAGAAAAUCAAUUUUUCGAGCCCGGAAGUACAGAGGAUGAAAGUGAGGCUGAAGAGGUUGUGAAGAGAAGUUCUAAGAGACAAUUAAGAAAGAUUCCACCUGCUCAAGAAUCCAGCAGGCAGCAAUUGAAAAAUAAUGUAGCUCAAGAUGAUGACGAUGAAGAUGAAGAAGAAAGUGAUGAUGAAAAAAGCAAAGCUGAGGAAAGUGACGAUGACUCAGAUCGUAAAGAAAUUCGCCGACCAUCAGUUGCUCAGCGUUUGGGCAUUGUUGAGGAAAGUGAUAGCGAAGAUUCUGAUACUCCAUUCAAAUCUUCUAGAACUAAAAGAAAUGAACGAGUGUCUAGAGAUUCUGAUAGCCAAGAUGCUAUACCUCAAUCACGUAGAUCUGUAAAACGUCCUCGUUAUAAUGUAGAUAGUGAUGAAAGUAAUUCUGUACCUGUGAGAAAUCGCAGAAAAAUCAAACGACGAUAUUAUAACGAAGACAGCGACGAAAGUGUACCAGCGGAACCUGCCAUUAGUAUCAGUAGCAGAGGAAGAGUAAGAAAAAUGACUGCACGAGCUAGGGCAUUUCUUCUUGAGUCACCCUAGCGUUCAUCGUACUCUAAGUAACAAUAAAACAACUUGUCAACAUAUUGCAACCAAAAAUUCAAAAUAACAAACGCUCAUACAAAUUCAGUAAGUCACCUCUCAAAUCCAGCAUUCAUAGUGAAUUUUUAUUACAUUUGAGCAGAAUAAGUUUUGUCGGAUAUAUCUUGAACGAUGCUUAGGACCCUCUUAACCCCCAUAGGAUGAGUGAGAAAAAAUACAUGGUACUAAAUUAGAACUGAACAUUUACAAAGCAGCAUGAAUAUAAAAUUACAAUAUCCGUCCAAUGUUAACCAAGUUUAUCAGUUUCGAUCUACAAAAUGACUUCUAUACCACCAAGUUGACUACGUUCUGUCACAGGGAUGAAGGAAUGCUGGAUCGACGAUAUAAAGGCAAGUCUUUUACAUAAAUAUAUUAUGGGUGGCCCUACUUUAUUAACACAGAAGGAUAAAAUCAUGAAAUACUAAUGGAGGAUCAGCAAUUGGCAUCAAUAAUAAGUAUAUUGAAGUAUACCAUAUUCAUAUUGAUUAGUAUAUCGUAAUUUUCCAACUAGUUUGCAUCAGAAGUAUUAGUCUUUUAUACAUACUGUAUGUUUCAUCAAUCGGUUCAUUGUUUCACGUGAGCAGUGUAAAUUAUAAUUAAUAAUUGAUAAUUAAGUGAUUUCGAUUUAUUUUGUUAUGUCGAUCAUGCAACUUGGUGAUAAAAAUAUUUUAGAAUUCAGUAAUAAGUAUACCGCUAGAAUGAGCAUUGAUACUAAUGAAUUUUUUUUUAAAUCUUCAAGUGCUUCACAGAUCACUCAAUCACAAUCACCAAUUUAUUUAAAUUUAAGGCUUAAAAACGACGCGGCAUUUUCGGUUAAAUUUAAGUAUAACAAAAUAAAUUGUAAAAAAUAACAAUUUGUGACAAUGCAUUGGGUUUUUUAUAUAUUCGUUUGGAGACCUCGUUUUUCUUUUUUUCACGGUAGAUGAAAAAGAAAUAAAGAAGACAAGAAAUUAUUGAUCGACUGCAUUAAGUUGAAAGUAAUUGAUUUUUCAGGUACUUAUUUGUAAGACACAUGUUGUAAUAUUUCUAGACCAUAAUAGAGAAUAGUGGCAGUGCCUUUUUGUAAAUGAUAAUUAUUCUCCGAUCAUACUGCCUAAAAAAACUCAGUUUCUAAAUAAUAUCAAUUGCCAACGGUAAUGGAAAAAAAAGAACAAAAGGAAAAUAAUGAAUAAUAUGGUUACGCAAUAAUGAAAUAUAACUUGCAUUGUUAACAAUUAUUUUUAUUGUAAUUUGUGUAAUUCAUUCGUUACCGGUACAUUGGGUAGAAGAGGUUUGUUUUUCUUUACAUUUUACUUUUGUAUAAGGUGUGCAGCAUUUGCGCGUCUAUUUUUUUAUUUCAUAUAACGUUAUGCACCCUCUGCGCACUGAUGAUAAUCGGAACAUUUAUCCGCAGAUGAUAUGUUUUUGUCGCUCGUUUAUCCCAUUCACAACUAUGGGUAUUUUCAUUUUUCAUGAUUCUCUAUAUUUUCAAUUAACUUAAACAGAUUCUUUCGUCGAGGAUCUCAAAAUAGAGAUUCAAUUACUUUUUGCGAAGAUGGAAAAAAACUUAAAUGUGAAAUAACAGAGUAAGAAAAACUUAAAAAAAACCUUUGAAAAUUGUAAGGUAAAUUAUUUAUGAACUUUAUUAUUUGAAUUAUUUUCCUUAUUCAAUCUCUGCAAAAAUGCUACUUUUUUCAAGUUUUUUACUCGUAUUGUUGGUAUAUAUAAAACCUGUAUAAGUAUGUAUAGAUCUAUUCAUAUAUUAAAUGUAUAAAAAUUAUAAAGUACAUUUGAAUCAACAAAAGUAACAUAUGGAUUAAAAUAAGAAAAUAACGUUUGUGCACACAACUGCUGGAAGUCUUGACUGUCUCAAGCCAUUGUGAUAUUAAGUUUAAGAUUCUUCAAUUAAUAAUGAUGAUGAUAAUAAUAUUAGUAAUAAUAAUGAUAAUAAUAAUAAUAAUAAUAAUAAUAAUAAUAAGGAUAAUGAUAGUUAUUUGUAAUAAUGGUAAUAAUUAUAUAAAUAUUGACGAUUAGGUAACGAUGGUUAUUUUUUUAACAAGGUAUUAAUUACUACGAGCAGGGCAUAAUCAUGUCGACUCGACGGAUUGAACAUUUUGACUGAGAUUGCUAUAAUUUGGCGAUGUAUGUUCUACGAUCUACUCGAUUCAUGGAUUAUGUUUUAUAGUUUAUACAAUUAAUUAACAUAUUUCCACAAGAUGACCCUAUUUAACUGUUGAUUUAAUGUAAAGGUUGCGUAAUUAGUUGAAUCGUUCAAUCAACGAUUUCGCUAAAGAUACAAGUGAGUGAUACGAAUUUUAACAAUGGUUCAAACUAAGACACGGUUUUUUUCUUCUCUUUGAUAUUGUGCGGGUUCUCUUUUUCACUCUCUCUCUACAAUCUAAACGAGUUCGGCGUGCUCAGUUAUGUACAGUGUAGUUGUUUGCGUCUCACCCGCUAUCAAUAAAACCGAUGAAAUGUAUUUCCAAA